GUUUUGUACCAGUUCAUCAUCUAAUCAAUCAUCUGGCUUUUUCUCGACCUAGACCGACAGUUAGUGCUAAAUCACGCCCAGGAUGCGCACUACGCACCCACUCCAUCGAUUAUUUGCGAUAAUCAGUUAAAUUAACAGCUUCGACUCGUUCAUUUUCUCGACAAAUUUUCGUUCAACUGAGAAAUUCAUUUUCCCGGGAAACAAACAACCAUUCUCUCUCAUCUCCGAUGCGAAUCCGUUCCUCCCGCCGUCGAUGACCGCCGUCGAUCAAACAAUGAAUAUCUGCUUCCGUAGUUUUCCCUGCCUUUCUGAUCCCGCUCAAAGGUCUUCGUCGUGCUUGAAGCUGGUCUUGCUCUUGACUCAUCUGAUUUAUGCCGGUGUUCUUUUCUUAUUUGAUGGAGAUUUGGUUGAGAAGACUAAGAGAGAACCGUGGUUCACUGCUUUAUACUUGCUGCUGUUUGUUGUUACAUUAGGACAAUACUAUGCUAUAUCUGUUUCCAAUCCAGGUUAUGUUGUUGAUGUCAUGAAGAACUUUAAUAAGAAAAACGUAGUACACAAAAAGACACCGGAAACAACAAAUCAACCAGCUUCAAGCAAAAAUGGAAGUGUUGUAAUUUCCAUCGAGGGGAGUCAGUCUGGAAAAAAUGUUGCAGGAAGUAAUGCAACACAUUGGUCAAAGUUGGUGUCCGAAUUGUAUCCUCCUGGAUCAACAGUCAGAACAUGGACGUGCACCUACUGCAAUGUGGAGCAGCCUCCACGGGCAAAGCAUUGUCAUGAUUGUGACAAAUGUGUUCUUCAGUUUGAUCAUCACUGUGUUUGGCUUGGAAAUUGCAUUGGCCAGGGUAAUCAUUGCCAAUUUUGGUGGUACCUUUGUGAAGAGACGGCAGUGUGCAUCUGGACUGGCUUCUUGUAUCUUUCACACCUGAUGGCUCACAUUACAAUGGUUUGGUGGCAGGAUGCCAUAAUGAUACUACUCUUGAUCGCUCUGUCAAUUUCACUUAUUUUUCUGCUUCUCCUACUGCUGUUUCAUAGUUAUCUAAUUCUGACCAAUCAGACUACCUAUGAACUUGUAAGGAGAAGACGGAUUUCUUAUCUAAGGGGAAUUCCAGAAAGAGUGCACCCUUUUAGUAAAGGAGUUUGCAGAAAUAUAUACAGCUUCUGCUGCUCAUACCGUUUUGAACCAAUACCUACACCGCAAGAGAUAGAGGAAAAGUCAAGGCAAUACACAUGCUCUGAUGUGGCAACUUGCCGGUGUUGCUGAUGGUUUAAGUUUUGUUCAAGUUGAAGUCCAUUCGACCAACAUUAUAUUUCAAUUGACAGUUGAAGUGGCUACCUUUGCGAUCAUGCUUGUGUUAACAUGCCGAGUGGCAAAAGAGUGACUUGGAAAAUAUCAUAAUUCCCUAUUUAUGUUUCCAUUAAAGAGAUCAGCAAUCAAAGUUUACAACUCGCAAUAUUUGACAUUUGACUCCGGCUUAGUUCUUUCAAAGUCUUUGUAGAACACAAUACAGCUAAUCAUAUUCAUUUUGGGACUUGAGAAAAAGGGAGAAAACAGUGAAAUUAGUUAGCUAGCUGGUCAUGCAGUAUUAAAUUGUAUUUUUGUUAAAAUGUCAGUUAUAUAGCAUUGGGCGAUCUAUAGCUUGUUGUGAAACUUCUUGAUUUGAUUAUU